AUGUAAAGAGCUAAGAUUUAAAAUAUUUUAGAAUAGAUCAACGUUCAUGAUUAUUAGAAUGCUCUUAAAAGCAUUUAGCAAUUAUUUGGAAAGGAGAAAAAUAAAAGCAAGAUAUCUGAUGAUGAAUAAUAAUGGCUUAGAUUGUUGCAAGGCGUCUGUUAUGCUAAGCUUUCUUAUUAUGGAGAAGCAAAGUAGCUUUUUAAUGAAUUCUCAUCAAAAUAAUGCUUAUUAAACUUAUAAGAAAACGAAAUUUAGCUUGUUUUAGAGAACAUUUCUCAGCCUCUCGAUAUGAUAGGCAAAGUAAGAGAGCUUUGUGAAGAAAAUAUGACUAAGUAAAAGCUUGAUAAGGAUCCUAAAACACUUUAGGAUAUUUUUAGAAUGUGUAUUAAGGAAUCAAAUUUUGUAGGUGCUUAGAAAAUUGCAAAGAAACUAUUUACUGCCACUAAGGAAACCAAAUAUAUAUUCGCAGAUAUAGUAUUCCAGUUCUACUAGCUUUGUCAAUUAGAUGAAACAAACGAUGCAGCUAAAAUAGCACAAGAUAUGAAAUUAAUUAAUCUCUUCAUCAAUAAAAUUUACAGUGAUAUCUCACUCAAUCCUGAAGGAGGAAUUUCUAAAGCAAAAGACCUUAAUCUUGCUAAGCAAUUAGUUCGUUUUCACUAUCGUUUAUACGAAAAGCAAAAAAAUUAUAAGGAUAUGCUUUCUAUUUUGCUCACUAAAUACCCUGACGCUUUUACUGAUUAUCUUGAGCAUUUGGAAAAACUCGAAGAGUUAUUUAACCAAGACCACUCUCUUUACUCUCUUGUCUUGAAGAAAAACUUUGAAGCUUUCAUUACUAAUUCAGAUAUGGAAAAGUUCUAAAUGGUGUAUGAAACAUAUGAUAAAUUCUGUUCUUUCCUCUUUAAAUAAGUUUAAAUUACUUCUACUAUCGAAGCUAUUGAUUCUUCUAACCAAUUUGCUGGAAAGUUAUUUGAAGAAGUAAAAGGUGGAGAUGACUUAAAACCUGCUUUUGAACAUAUUGAGAGAUACUAUUGCUCUUUGGAGAGUCAUAAGCAAUUGCUUAAAUCCACUUAAUCAACUCAUCAUCAUUUCAAAAACGCAAUUAAAUGCAUUAUAUAGGCUUAAUUUGGUGUGCUUAAUAGAAUUUUAGCUAGCAAUUAAAAGCUAAAUGGAGAUAAAUAUGAGCUCAACCCAUACUUUGAAACUAAGUAUAAGGAAUUAAUUGAUGACUAUAUCAAAUACUUUGGUAUAAUUUUAACUUUCCCUGAAGAAAUAUUCAAUUCCUUAAAAGACACCCCUAAAUCAUUAAAAUCAUAUGCCAUCAGCUAAACUGAAGCUUUGAAAGAAACCUCAGCUAUAAAUAGAUGCAUCGUCCAUACAAAUGUCUAUAAACUUAAAAUUAUUUUCUAGGAAUUUAGUCUCUUCAGUUUACCUGCAAAUGAAUAUGUACCUGCUCUUUACAAUAUUUGGAAGGAGCUUCUCGAAAAUUAUUCAACCUACUAUAAAGAAAUUUAUCCUGACGUUGAAAAUAAGUAUGUUGAAAAAGGCGAGAGAUUAUAUACAGAUGACUUUGUAAUUAUUGCUGCAGAUUUAGCAAUUGAUUUCAUUUACAGAUAACCAAGCAUUGAAUCAAAGGAAGUUUUUGGAUUAUUGAUGCAAACAACUUUUAUUCUAGAAGCAGCUCUUAAAAAAUCUGGUUUUAACUAUGAUAUCCAACUUAGAUUGCUCCUUAUUAGUAUUGUCUUAGGAAAUAAGGAUAGAGUUUAUGAUUUAAUUAAAGCUCUUGAUAUUAAAUCUGUCCAAUAUGAAACCCUUGGCUUUUUAUAUUUAUCAACUGCCUUAGAUUAUGGCUUUGAUGUAAGUGCAGAAGAAAAUACCUCAAAUGCACUCCAAUAUUACAUCGAAAAUCUUAGAGAAUCAAAAGAAGCUAUGAUUGCUUCUAUCAAGAGUGAUAAUUUUGAAAAAAUUUGGGAAUUUAAAGCAUACGAUGAAUGGAUCAAUAAAAGUUAUUUUAAAAUGAUGGCUUUCUAUGCUAAAAGUUAAAUUUUAUUAAAAGAAGCAUCUAAAAAGGAUGUAAAUACUCUAAAUGUUAAUGUUGAAUACUUCAACCAAUUUUGCAUGAAUAAGCUGAGCAAAGAAAGUGAUUAAAUAGUUUGGAAUUUUGAUAUGAGAGUUAUUCAAAGUAUUUGCUGCAACGAAUACUCUACUCAAAGCCACAAAUUUUAUUGGAAUUACUUGGGACUUUAUAACGACUCAUCUUUCUUAAAACUUAACAUCUUGUCUACUUAGGUACUUUACAAGAUCAAAGAAACAUUAAAUUCAGAAUUAAAUGAGGAAUAAACAGCUGCUGUCUCUAAUGAAAUAGAUGAGUUGAUAACCAACUCAAAAGCAACCUAAAAAAGCUGCACUUUUGACAAGUUAAGCAAUCUUUCCAAUUUUAAAUUUUACAACAAACCUGAAUACCUAUAAAAAUACCAUACCGAGAAGGAUUACUAGACUACCGAACUCAGUUAAAAGUAUGACUUUGAACAUCUCUUCUAAACUCAAAGCUUAGAAUUAGCAGAAAUCUUAAACAGAUUUAUCUCUCUAAACACUAAGACAACAGGAGAUUAACUUGAAAGUCUUAAGAAUAAGUUUGAACAAAUAAGCAAUAGUAUUUAAGAAGGAGUAAAGAAGUUGCACGAGAUUUUCUAACACAACCCGGAAAAUGAAAUCUUCCCUAUUACUUUCUUCAAAAACUUUUACAGAUUCUCCACUGUCCAUUUAAAAUUCCUUGAAACUUUAUUCAAAAAUUAAGAGCAAAUUUAAUAAAGAAUCUAAAAGCCAAUGAAGAAAAACUAAGAUCUUAAAAAGGCUUGCCAAGAAUUUUAGAAAAAAAUAAAGUCAGAAUGUGAAAAAAUAGCUUCUAUCUUAAUUUCAGGUUUAACAGAAAUAUCGAAAAAAGUUGAACCUUUGCUUGCUGAAGCUAAAGAUAGUGUUUCCUAAUUUGUAAGAGAUGUAAUUAACAAAAAACAAAUUGAUAACGGUAACAUUUCAAUAUUUGAUUUGGCUAGUAGCUUCCCUGCUCUUAAAAAAGAAGAUGUUUUAUUAAAGCUCUCUGACGAAAUAGCUUUGAAUUACAAAUUCUUAUAUAGCGUUAUAGUAGAUUUGAUUAAAGAGUCUCAAAAAUUAUUUAAAUAAAAAUGA